AUGCCAGCAGUUCAACAACUCGAUUGGAGUGGCUUUCCCGCGCCGCCACCUGAGGCCGAGGGCUGGAAGCCAGACCCAGAUUCGAUCCCGAGAACCGGUGCGCUGAAGGAUCCUCGUUUCGGUAAGGAUCCUUGGGAGGCAAACAAGCUCCAAAAUGCGAGAAAGCAAUUCGGCUAUCACCUUCACCACAGCUCGGAAGCGAGAAGACUGGCCUCGCCAUCAUCAGCCUCUCCAGCCAGUGCUACGUUGUCGAUGGGACAGUGGCCGCAGCAAGAGCCGCAACAAGCCUCCCAAGAGGAUACCCCAGUUGCAACAGCGCACAUGAUUACCGACAUGGACCUUUCAGUAGCACAUGCAACAUCGCUCGCAGGAACAGCGCUCACAGCUACAGCUUCCACAGGUGUGAAGACAGAGACCGUCGGUGAGGCCCUCGCAGCCAAGCUUCCGCCUUCUUCCAAGACUAGCAAAGGCGCAAUGGAAACCAUACUAACUACGCCCAUGCCCGGCACGCUACCCACUGAGAAAAGCACUUUCCCUCCAUGGGCAGGUGCAAUCGAGAAGGCGCUCGCGGAGGACACCUCAAGAACAUCGUGUCUGCCAAGCUCAACACCCUCUAAGUCCAUCCCGCCGCAUCUGCGGAAGAAGUUGAGCAGCAAUAGCCCGUCGCUGCAACAGAAGAUUCCGAUUGCAUCCGAGGGUCGGACUGUCAGCCUCGACAACCAGUUUCAAGCAGCUAUGCAGGCAAGCUGUCAUGUUUCGGGCUCUUUGAAAGCUGACACAGAGACGGAUGAACAUACCUCUACAAACUCAAGCAACAUCGCCGAGACCCCUGUCAGGUCCACGAAUGUACGCUACAGAGACCAUGGCCACUACAUGAAGAUACAGUUGGUGCUUGUAAUGGAGAUGGAUCUCCGAAAGCAAGAGCUGCUCCAGUUCAACGAUAGGGACCUGGAGAAUCGAAUGAUGGACCUCUCCUCAAUCCACCAAGAGUGUUCUUCCAAAGGCGCAAAAUUGGCGGUUGUGAGCACAUAUGCUCAGAGGCAGAUUGAAACUUCGGUAUGGGGUGUCAUGUGGACAAGGGCGUGCUACUGGGCUCAGUGGUUCAAAACUGGCCUGCCCCGCAGGAACAUGUGCUUGCUUCGAAACUCGACUGGUACGACGGCGCGGUCGCAACUAACAAGCAAAUACCUGUAA